UUGAAGAAAUGUAACUACUGGGUCGUUCCAUUUGAAUUCGAUCUCAUUUUAGAAUGCAACACUUUUGAUUUGAACAAAACAUUCCAUAUGUGAUUGCACAUGGUAGAAAUGAACAGAAAGUGACUUUUUUGGAUCUGAAUACCAGAACAUUCAGAAGAGAGGUCCUCAAAGUUGACUCAUUUUGCAUACCCCACCCUACCACGAGACAUCCAUGUCUUCACCACUGAAAAAGUUAAACGGUUGAGUUUGACAUCGGUUGAAAGGUUACAAACAGACAGAGCCAGGCAGACAGACACUUCGAGACACCAUCACAAAUCUGCUGCUCUCUGGCGACUGCCUCCCGUUAUGGCAUCUUGGUUAACUGCGUCUGACGACUGUGCGCUCUGUGAACAACUGUGCAGCUGUAGAAACAACCACACUGUCUGCAAACAGCCUGAACCUGACUUGCUAUGGAUCAACACCAGGACUAUAUGAACAACGCCCCUAACACCUACAGCUACAACUCCGGGGACACCAUGAGCGCUUCCUUAGCCGGCAUGACCAUCAACGACCUGCAUCACCAGGAGAACGGGGUCCAGCUGGGGCACAGGAGCCCAGGGGAUGGCCCCAUGAAAGUGGAGCCUGAGGAAGCCACACUAGAGGACAGAGCGGCUGAACCACAGUCUGAGCUCUCUGAACUGGAGAGCAACACCUGUGAUGAGGAGGUGCAACUUAGCGCCUCUAGUGAGGAGGAGGUGCAACCUGCAACUGGAGGAACAGCCUCAACAGCUCAAGCAAAGAUUGAAAACGACAAUGCUGAUAAGAAGACUUUGGGUGGUGCCAGGCCUCAGGCCCCCGGAACCAAGAUUCCCGCCAAAACCCCAGCUCCAGCAAUCGGCAAGAACAAAGACAACACCAGUGGACAGAGCAGCCCUGGUACUCCCAAGUCCCCCUCCAGCAAGACUCUUCCCGGAAAGCCCUUGGCUGUGGCCACAAACCAGGUGAAAAAGGUUGCGGUGGUGCGCACCCCACCCAAGUCUCCUGGCUCUCUCAAGAGCCGCGCCCCUGCACCCCUCACCGCAGCGGCCCCCUUGCCGGACCUGAAGAACGUCAGGUCCAAAAUCGGCUCCACAGACAACAUCAAGCACCAGCCUGGAGGAGGAAGGGUACAAAUAAUUGAAAAGAAGAUCGACUUAAGCAAUGUGCAGUCUAAGUGUGGCUCCAAAGACAAUAUCAAACAUACACCCGGAGGUGGCAAUGUCCAAAUCCUCGAGAAGAAGUUGGACGUAAGCAAUGUCCAGGCUCGUUGUGGAUCCAAAGCCAACCUGAAUCACACUCCUGGAGGAGGCAGGGUACAAAUACUAGAAAAGAAGGUGGACGUAAGCAAUGUCCAGUCUCGCUGUGGCUCCAAAGAUAAUAUCAAACAUACACCCGGAGGAGGCAAUGUUCAAAUAGUCCACAAAAAGAUUGACCUGAGCAAUGUUAAAUCAAAAUGUGGUUCUACAGCCAACAUCCACCACAAGCCAGGUGGUGGGAAUGUUGAGAUCAAAUGAAAAUUGGAUUUCAAGGUCCAAUCAAAGAUCGGCUCCAUGGACAACAUUGGGCACGUGGCCGGAGGUGGACAGAGGAGGAUUGAGAGCCACAAGCUGACGUUCCGUGAGACGGCCAAGGCACGCACUGACCACGGGGCCGAGAUUAUCUCCCUGGAAGACGAACCCCUGUCCCACCAGCUCAGUACCUUGUCCUCCUCCGGCUCCAUCAACAUGGCUGACUCACCGCAGCUCUCCACACUCGCCGACCAGGUAUCUGCUUCUCUGGCCAGCCAAGGCUUGUGAUUGGCUUGGUGGCACACGAUGGCCGACCGGAAGUCUCCUGACCGACCACACUACUUUGACCGCCCACGUCAGAGGAGUCAUGACGCCUGUCGCCUUCCUCCUCCUUUUCACGGGACUUUUUUAGCUAUACCCAUCACUGUUUCUCUUCCAUCACCGACUGUUCUUCUUCAUGAUGCAUUUAUUGUUAGAAAAGAGGUCUUUAAAAAAAAAGAGAGAUUCAAGUCGGUCAAGUUAGAUGAUUUAAUUUCUCUCUUGAUCUAUUUUUGUUGUCAUUAUUUGUACCGGUUGUAUAAAUGGCCCUUUUUAAGAGUUUAAAGAGAACAAACAUCCAAACAAACCCAGAAUCCUACAAGUGUUUCUGGACAUUUUAUUUGAACUUUCACCCAUAUUUAAUUCACUUUAACUCGAUAAAUCAUUUUACUGUCACAAUGACUGCGAUUCGAAGCCCUUAUUUUACAAAUGUCCAUUUUUGAUGUGCAAAUGAUCUGUGAUGGCUGUCUCCUGAAUGGCUUUUUGAUACAUGGAAAACAAGAGGUUUGUGAGAAGUGGGCCCCCUUUUACAAUGUAGUGAACAUAAGAAAACACAUCAUCCAUUUACAGGGUAGUAUGAGGCAAAGAAGUGAGGAAAGGUGGGCUCAUGUAGCAAAAGCUCUCAUUCAGACAGUAAAAUGCUUUUAGACCACCCCAACUUGCUGUCUGCUUUGGGUGCCUCUAUACACUGCAUACCAAGGUAGUAUAGUUCAGAGGUAAACAUUUUCCUUCAUGGACAAAAGAAGGGAUACAUAAUGUUUAGCAUAGAAACCUUGGUUUGUGUUGCACACACUUUUCUAUUUGUAUUCUGUGGAUAUGACAUGUAUUUGAUAUGGAAACAUUUGUAUCGGGCCUGCUACUGUCAGUGUUAAUUUAUUUUCAAUAUUCUAUUAUGGCUCUAUUGUAAAUGCGCUUCAGCUUUUGUCUUAUGCGGUGUGGCAGUUUACAUUUAACAUAUGUAGGCUACUAGUGACAAAAUAUUUGUUAAUGUUUAAAGAUGACAUGAAUUAGAGGGGAAUACUGAAUGACUAAAUUAACAGGCUUAGCUAUGCCAGGCAAAUUGUCUAACCAAUUAUGGGUUGUGUCGUUUAAUAUAAGACACGUAAUUUCAGUCAGGGACUGAACUUCUUACUAAUUUGGCUUCAGAUCACAGUAACGCAGAAGGUGUUAAACUCACCCAUUUUUUUUUAUGACCGACGCUUUCUGAACUUUCAAUUUCAUGGACAUGGCUUUGUAAAAUGUAUAAGAUAACUGCCUCAUCAGUUGAGCAGCUAAGUACUAGAACCAAAAGUCAAUGCAAAAUACUGAAAAAACAGGCAGUCAAAACAGAAGAAAAACAUUUAUCAUAAUAAACUCUGCAACACAUGUAGUCAAAUUAACAAGAUAUUAAAGGUAGACUCAGCAAUAUGACAUCAUCAUUCACAGUGGGGUAACUUCCUGCUUACACACAAUUCUGCCCGACUACAUUGCAGAUGCCUGCCAAAUCUCACAAUGCUUGAAUUGGUGUUAACUAUCAGCUAAACACAUCAUAUGAUUUAGCAAUCUGGUGCCCGACUGCACAGUUGAUGAUGUGGCACGCAAACAUUGGUUGAUGCAAUCCAGCGCCUGAGCAGGCGAGAACAACCAAUGUAGUGCGUUCAAGAAAAUCAGAAAAGAACAGACUUGGAAGAAUCUUGACGUCAGUGAUCUUCAGGUCAGACAAGUCGGAGCUCUAGGAUGAUGCCCGAGAUUCUGAAUUGUAAUUCCGAGUUGGAUGACCGUCCAUUCAAAACUAUUUUUCCCAGUGAGAGCUGUUUUUCCCCCAGAGAUCUCAUUUGUUUGUCUGUCUGUGCACUAAAGUCGGAGAUUUCCUUGUUCAGAGUUGGCUGGAACGCACCAAAAGCAACAACUCCAGUCGCCAAGACUGCCCCUAUUGGUUCUUUCAGGUUUGCACCCUCCCUUGAGGUAUGUCCACAUUGGAGGAGCCAAUUUGCUGUUUUGGCAGAUUAGAAUUAUGUUAAUUGAUUUUUGUAAGCAGGAAGUUGCCCUGCUGUAUGUGAUGAUGCCAUGUUGCUCACUCUACCUUUUUAAGUAAAACAUUUUUUUUUACCCUAAAAUGUUUAACCAUCUGUCACAUGGAGAAACGUAUCUUUCGGAUAGAUUUAGAUGUAGGCCUACUAAUUGCCUACGUACGAGCAUGCUCGUCACACUUUCCUCAACUUGUCUCACGGGUUAUAAAGCUAUGGUCCUUUCCCUGGAACGCAUACGACGGAUAUUUACGAGACUCUCACAUGCUCAAAUGGAUAAGUGUUUUAUCCUAAUGUAAACCCACCGUGGUUCACCAAUCACCACUAUAUUAUUCUCGUCAUUGAUUGCCUUCAUAACUCCGAGCAAACAUACCAUCUUAAAAGUCCUUGCAUGCAUUUCAUGUAAGAGUAAGCGGUCUGCCUCUCCUUUUUACACUGUGCUUUCAUUGUACCUCCUGUAAUAUCUGCUUUGUCUAUAUAAGGAUACAUGUAGGUAUUAGUGCGAGGGAAUAGAACCCAAAAGGCAACCCUUUCCUUUAUGUGGAGAUUAAGGCGCAUUGAUAACAUUAUACGACUUCCCAGUGUGUGUGUUUGACUUGUAUUGCCAAUAUAUAUUUCAUUGAGGACUCGGGAACUGGCCAGGGCAUUUGAGAAAAGGUGUGCUUGCAAACACUACAAUCUGCAUGCUAAACUGUUGGUUACUUUUCAUCAUAAUGGACAACAUUUGUUUGAAUGUGUUAAAUGGGUAUGUGCACUGUGUUCUGUGUGGAUUACUGAGACUAGUAUGUUGGAGGGCAGGUGCUGAUAAGUUCCAGUACUAACAUUAUCAGUACUCAAGGGGAAAAGUUGGGGAAAGGUAUUUUUUUGUUUUUUUUGGUGGUCCUCUCCGCUGGCCUCUGUUCUGAGGUCAAUGGAAAGAGUUUGCAGUAACACAUUUCAUCGUCAUCCCUUUUGUUAUUUUUGCCGCUGUACAGUUGUGUGGAAAAUGUGAUUGUUGAUAUUGUUAUUGUGCAUUUUAUCAAUAACUGGUGUAUGAUGAUUCUUGUCGCUGUGAAUUUAAAAAUAAACUGUUAAACCAUG